AUGGAUGGUCUCUGGGAGGCACUGGCAGAUCUGGAUUGCGAGGUGGUUGAAGAGAAGGAUUGUGCGGUGCAGGACCAAGUGGCGGCAAACAUGGGACAACAUGAUACAACAUAUCAGUUUGACGAGAUCCAGGAUAGUCAGGAUGACGAUGAUGAGGCUUUCUCCCCCAUCCAUCAAGCUUCACAGCUACUGGCAGAGAAGCCGUGUAACAAGACGCAACGGCACCCAGACGUUAUCGUCAUUACGCAUUUCUCAUCCCUUCUGACAGGUCUCUUCUUUCACCGCGAGAAGUCGGCAGCGCAUGCCGUGCUUCAGCUUUUGAACUCACACCUCCGCGAUCUCUCACGCAAUCUAUCAUCGAAGCCACUUAUCCUUCUACUGAACUCGACAUCAGCAGUAUCCUCGGGCCCAGCACUCGCAACCGCAGCGUCACCAGCGAAGCAAAGCCAAGUUGAUCCAACACUACGAUCUAUCUUCAACCCACCACCAUUAAACGGCUACAGUGCCCGGCGCACGAAACCAAACUUUGGCCUGAUAUUUACGCAGCUACUGGACUUGCAUUUACUAUGCACAAAGGUCCCAAAGACAAGGCAGGAUUCUGAGGGAGCAGUGAGGCAGCUUCCUGGGGAGGAGAUCGAGAUGGUAUGGGUUGUGGAGGUGUUGUUGGAUGAGCUGGGCGUCUGGGAAGGUCAUACAGGAGCCAGGUCGGGAAGGGAGCAGAGAUGGGCGGCUGUGAAAGUUGAAAAGGGAAGAAUUGAACAAGCAAUCGAUGAAAGGGAGCCUGAGGCUCAAAUCCCAAAUAUAAGCGACGUGAGGAUUGCAGGUGGUUUUGGAGGACGCAGAGUAUAG